GAGUUCCAGUUCGUAGAUGGUGACGAUGAGGCCAAUGCAAUCCCAGACGAGUUCGAAUAUGACGUCGAGGGCGGGCCAGGAGAGCUCGUCGUGGACACGACUUCGUGGCUUUUGAUUCCAGGCGUGUGCCAUACCAUCCAUAAUGCGACAGAGGAGCUCAAAAAGGUCAUGGAGUAUUUCCCUGAUUGGACGAAGGGCCUCAAGGCCAUUUGCGACAUGGUUCGACGUCGGUUUAGCAAUGAGCGCUUGAUGGAAACGUGUUUUUCGACUGCUCCAGCUUGCUACCAUAAGGACUUGUACAAGUCUUUCAAGGCGUGCGUGUAUACUGGCCGAUGGGGUAGCGUCGCCGAUGCCACCCGGGAGCUUGCCCCGCUGGAGCCUUCUUUGCGUUUCGCGUGGGACCCGAUUAAGUUCAAUCGUGGCAG